AUGGCGCCAGCCAGUUACCGGAUCCAGAUGGCGGACCGUGUUCGGGAAUACCGGCGCCGACUGCGAGUGGCGGGCUCAGAAGCGCCCGCCGACUCUCGGGAUGACGUCAGGCGGCACGUGCAGAGCGGGCUGCAAGCACUGCAGCGCACCUCGGACAGUAUAGCGCGGUCGCAGCAGCUCUCGGCCGAGACGGACCAGGUGGGCGCCGAGGUCAUCUCCGACCUGGGCGUGCAGCGCGACAGCCUGCAGCGCACGCGCGACCGGCUGGCCGACACGGACGCCGAGCUGGGCCGGUCGCAGCGCCUGCUGCGCACCAUGUACGUGCGCGUCAUCUCCAACAAGGUGCUGCUGGUGGCCAUCAUCCUGCUCGAGCUGGCCGUGCUCGGUGCUGCCAUCUACCUCAAGUUCCUGAAGAAAAAAUGAGCUGGCCGGUGGGCCAGCGUAUCGGGGAAGUCAGUGUACCGGCCCGCCUAGUCGCUGUUCGCGCCGAAUGAUACAAUGUUAGGCUGCUUUACUAGCAGUGGUGCAUCAUGUCUUUUGCAUUGGCUCAAGUUGCAGGUAUAUCUGGGCAACGCAUAGUGUACACGACGUCGUGUUCUGUGUAAGUGCUGCUGCAGUUCGUAUCGAACACUGAUGUUUUAUCGUGAAGUGCGGUUUGUCAGCAAGAGUUGUGAAGGCGUAGAUGCAUUCUAGCUAUUGGACUUCGUAACGACAGCCGGAACGCAGCUGAUGCUGUAAGGUGGUCGAGAUGUAGGUACAAGACAUCCUUCGUCCUGCAUCUUGAUGCCUGUUACCAGAAAGGCUGUUCUUUGUUCUGUUGGGACGCUGUGUUCUUGUCUAUUUUCUGAGGUCGUUCGUGUAAGAAGUUGCAGGCAAAUCCUUGCAUCUGAUACUGGUCCGAACACAGAAGACUCGAAAUUCACCGAGAUGGGAUUAAUCGUGAACUUGUAAUCCAGUUGAUCGUAAAUUUGCACUCCAACAAGCCCUUUCUAGAUCUCAGUCGCACAGAAGGCUUGUUUGUACAAAACAGCUUUUGUCUCCCAGUGCUUUUGCAGAUCAAAGCCUUGUUACCUUCCAAGGUUAAUGCGAUUUGGGUAGAAAAUAUACAGUAUUUUAUCCU